GGAAUGCAGAGUGCGCCUAAGCAAUUCAUCGCUUCAUAGAUCCUUACCAUUAUACAAUUUAUUUUAAAUAUAAUUAGGAGCUUGUGUAAAAAUUCUGCUUUUACAAAAGAAAACUAAAAAAAGAGGGAAGUUAGAAACCGGGUCAUGGAAUGCGAAUGAUUUCAGUAAUCGCUCGCAGUUAAAGAUAUAAUAAAGUGAGCAAGGUCUUUUUAGUGGACUUUGAUAAUUUUCAAUAUCUUUUAAGGGAAUUGAUUUUUCUUCCUAGCUAAGUCACGUAUAAAUAGAUUUGCUGGUCUAUUUGUUCAUUACUAAAAGCCUUGGAGAAAAGGAGAUUUAUUUUAUUUUCAUCUUUUUUUCUCUGUUAAUCUUCUAGUCGGAAUGUCAAGCAGGGCAAGCAGUGCUUCCAGAAUCAGUGAUGGAAGAAAUUCACCAGCAUUGUUUGUCGAUAGCUUGAUGGCUAGAAAUGCCUUGAGUAUUGACGAAAAUUACUGGAAUGGAGAGAAUGUACUCGACUUUUUACAAGUUCACGAUCUUCAAAAUAGUUGGAAGGACAUUUUUCUAGCUGAGAAGGUUGAAGGGCAAGCAUUUGUUAGUCUAGUUAACUAUGGGAAUACGCUAGACUUAGCUCAAAAAUAUAAUAAACCUGAUGAAGAAGCUAUUCAGCUAACAAACCGAGUUCGACAGGCUCUGUUUUCUUCGGUAGACUCUUCUGUUUUUGAAUCGGCUAGAAGGCUUAAUUCCCCGAAAUCUGUAGAUUCUUCGCUUAGUAAAGGCGAAGAUGUAUCUUCCGUUAAUGAUUUUAACGUCUCAUCUUUCUUAAACAAAAUUGGCUACAGAACUAGAAAGAAUUCCUCUUCAGAAUGGCUCACUGGUUCGUCAGAAGGAUUUCCCGGACAGGAUAGCAUGAUUGCAACGGAAGAGUUACCUCGUAAUUCGAGUUCGAGUUCAGUGGAUUCCUUAAGGCGCUCAGAGUACUUCUCUACAAGUGAGGGCCAAAAAAAACAAUCAAGCAUUGGUGAUGCCAAAAUCUCCGGAAGCAAGGGUGCCAAUAGGAAACAAAGCACUGAUUACAAAGAAAAAUCAAACAACUUUUUAAAAAAAUUCCGUAUGCCUGGUUUUUCACGCGAGAAAGAAAAAGAUAAACCUAAAGAAAAGUCACUGUUUCCGACCUCACCAUCAGCAAAAGUCUUUUCGAAAUUAAAUCAAAAGAAUACCUCCGAGACUACUUUUUCUGAGACUUGGGUUCCUCGUGUACAUCGGUUGGAAAGUCAAAUUGGGUUAGGCACAAAAAAACAAGUUUUUGUACUAGUUACAACCGAUGAUGAGUCCUUCACCGCUGUCAACGUCACUAAUGUAAACUCAGCAUACCAACUUCGUGAAACGCUGGCAAGGAGUGCCUCUCUGAAUUGCUCCCCGGCAGAUUGUAACAUUUAUCUUACCGAAGUAGGUGGAGCCCAAUAUAUCGAAGCUCUUGAUGAUAUAAAGCUUGAUAUUACCAGACGUUAUGUCGAUGAAUUUGGGACAAUUAAAUUUUUUAUUAUCCCAGCGAGAGAAACUUCUGUACCUGAGAAGUUAGCAAGUGAUACAGUGUCCGUGUCAUCAAAAUCGUCUAAUAGCAAUUUCAUAAAGCGUCCUGGAGAUGAUAUUAAGUACUUUCAGAAUAUCAACUCAAAUCCACAGUCGAGAAGGCAAAUAAGACAUUCGGUGCUUACUUCCGAUUUUGACAAGGAAACCCCUGUCAAUACAUUACCUGUUAGCAUUCAUAAUGAAAACAAACUAGCCGAAAAGAAGCUUGGUUCGGCUCCGAAUUUAGCAGUAUUACAAGAAUCCCCAUCACGACGGUUUCGUGGCUUUGAAAAGAUUAGGGGUGCAAAAGGCGAAAUGGCUGCUAGGAUCCUUGAUGGAACUGAAGAAGGUACCGAAAAGAACAGAUUUAGAGUAUUGAGACCUCAUAAAAAAGUUACUUUAAAACUUCCUUCAAGCGCGUCUUCCAUGUCAUCUGAGUUAAGCCCUAAGCCUUCGUUGAUGGGUAGAAAUUUUAUAGCUCACAGAGACCCCCCUUCUCCUCCUCCAAAUCACGAUGCUACUCCUAGACGUACAAAUACCAUAACCAAACGAUCAAGCCUGCGCUAUGUAAAUUCAUCUCAUUUGAAUGAAGUCGAGGAUACAAAAAACAUAGAAACUGACUUUGCAAACAACACCAGCAAACCUAUAAAUUUGGAAAAUGACUUUUCAUUUGAUAAUGCCCCAGCCUUCGAUGAAUCAGAAAUUCCAAAUGAUACAUUCUGGGCUGUUCAACCCAAGAAGCUUCAGGAGGAUGUCCCUGAAUUAUUGAAAAAAAGGAAUUCUCCUAUCAGAUUAUCACCGAUCAUGACCGAUAAACAGCUGAACCAGCCUACUGUUCCUGAAUUUUCUCAUGGAGAUGAUUUGGCUUUAAAUCUUUCUCCUUUAUCACACCAUAUGAGAGGAAUGAAUGUAAACGAUGAAGCUUCUAUUUCAUUACAAGAUAAAGAAAAAACAAAAUGGGAGGUUCGCCCUUCUGCUGAUGACCUUUACAAAAACGUUGAUCAAUUUUUUCCUCGAUACAAUCUAGACAAUGUGCUAGUCCCCGAUCAAUCAAAAGUUGUGUCUUCUCCCUCAAAAACAUCAAUAAGGCCAAAGGUUAAAUCUGUGCGCUUUUUAGCUCGUGAAGUAUUUGAGGCUCGUAAAGCAUUACUAAGAAACAACAGAAAACAUAAAGGUGGUAAUUUAUUGCGACGCUCAAGCACCAAGUUUUGGGGUUCCAAAAUUGAGGAGGUAAAGCCUGAAGGAAAUGAUGCUUCAAAUUCAAUUAUUAGUCCGAGCAAUGAUUCUGCAACUUUUAAAUGGUUAAAAGGAGAAUUGAUUGGAAACGGAACUUAUGGAAGGGUAUUUAUAGCUAUGAAUGUUAAUACUGGUGAACUUAUUGCCGUAAAGCAAGUUGAAAUUCCCCAAACUGUUAAUACAUAUCAUGAAAGACUUUGGAAAAACAUCGUUGAUUCAAUAAAUUCUGAGAUAGAAACAAUGGCCGAUUUGGAGCACAUCAACGUUGUGCAAUAUCUCGGGUUCGAGAAAACUGACACCGAUAUUAGUAUAUUCUUGGAAUAUGUUUCCGGUGGUUCCGUUGGUCGUUGCUUAAGGAACUUUGGGCCUUUCGAAGAUUCUGUGGUACGAUUUAUUACCAAACAAGUUUUGCAAGGCUUAGCUUAUUUGCACUCAAAAGGUAUUAUUCACCGUGAUCUCAAAGCUGAUAACUUGUUAAUUGAUUUUGACGGCAUAUGCAAAAUUUCGGAUUUCGGUAUAUCUAAACAUAGCGAAAAUGUGUAUGGUAAUGAUGCAAAUCUUUCCAUGCAAGGUACAAUUUUUUGGAUGGCACCGGAAGUCAUCGAUAGUAAUCACCGUGGUUACAGUGCCAAGGUUGAUAUAUGGUCGCUUGGAUGUGUUGUUUUGGAGAUGCUGGCAGGUCAUAGACCGUGGUCAACAGAUGAAGCAAUACAAGCAAUGUUUAAAUUAGGAAAUGAGAAGAAAGCGCCUCCUCUCCCUACUGAGCUCCGUAAAAAUAUUUCUGACGAUAGUAUAAAUUUUCUGAAUGCAUGCUUUAUGAUCGACGCAGAUAAACGACCAACAGCAGAAGAACUAUUAAGUCAUUCGUUUCUUGAGCUCGAUAGUGCAUUUAAUUUUGAAAGCACAGAGCUCUACAGAUUAUUACAUGAGAAGCACGCUAAGUGAUAACCAAGUACUUUUUAUAAUAUGCCCUAUUUAAUUUUAAGUACCUUGCUUGAUUUGAUGUUAGCUAAUCUAAAUUAAUAAGUAAACCUUCAAUAUAGACAAUAUAAUAUUUCAAAAAAUCUCUA